GCUUUUGCCUUUGGUAAUUCAAACACACUUUCCCCUCAUUUUUUAUUUUUUUUUGGGUAACAGAAGUGAGAGAGAAUUGGGUGAGAGAAAGAGAAAGUAAACAGAGGAGCUUCACCUAGAAAAUCCUACGGAAAAAUCAGCCAUUCCGAUUGCAUUACUGUAGAAGAAAGUUUACCAAAAGUCAUUUGGUAAGUUGAAUUAACAGCUUUGAUCGACACUCUACUCAUCAAAAACCCUAAACCCCUCAUUUCGUCCGAUUAUGCUGGGUGUUCGUAGAAAAUUGUGCCAAUUUAGUAGACAAGUUCACACGUUAUCUCGUGAUCGCCCUAGUGAAACCUUAAAGAUGAAUCUUGCUAGAUUGAAGGAGAAGAAGAAACAAAAAGAUCCUCGUAAGAACCAAUUAUUUGUUCAAGUUCCAGAAUCAAGAGCAUGGCUUGACACUGCUACUAUGCCAAUGAUACUCACUGUCGUUGGUACCGCACUUUUUGCUAAACUCCUCAUGAUGUAUGAUGACUCGAAGUCUCAAGAAAUGAUAGAGCGAAAAAUAAAGAAUGCGCCUGAUGGUCAAGGGUCAGUUAGGAUGCUUACACGUGAAGAAUGGGAAUCAGUUCAAGACGUGCGACCAAGAACUCCAUUUGAAUCUAAACUGGCUCGUCCAAAUGCAAGGCUAAGGACAGGGGAAGCUUUGAAGAUGGAAGAUGUCAAGGAUUGGACGAUAGAUGUUAUAAACGAUGCACUAACACGAGCUGAAGAAUGUGCUAAACGAGGAUCUAACUAGCUUUGAAGUAAUAAUAUUAGUAUCCUAUUUCAACCGGAGCUGCUUCUUUGUAGCAGAAAAUCUCUUCAAUCUCAGAUGUCCAUCUUGACAUGCCAUCCUUUAUUAGCAAAAGUGAAGUAGAGUUGCCUCUCUUACCGGAUGUCUAGCUUAUGCUGGCUGAAAUCUGUGCAAAAUUCCAUAGUAGUGUACUCCAUUGUGUUGUGAUAGUUUCUUUUUUACGUGAUUGGAAAUGGCAAACUUUGGUCAAUAUACUGAAAACAUUUUCCUUUGAAUAACGUGCCAGAAAAUAUUGGUCUAAGAAGCCUCUCUUUUGUGAUUGCUUCUAGUUAUCUUCUCGAGUAUAGUUGGAAAUAGUGGAAAAGUGCUAAUUCUUGGUUGGAAA